GGACUUGUGCUGGUUUUCAUUCUCUUCUCUGUGUUCCAGGCCAAGUCCUGCGUCUGCCACGUCUGUGGAGUCCACCUGAGCAGGCUGCACUCCUGCCUCCACUGUGUCUUCUUCGGCUGUUUCACAAAGAAGCACAUUCACGAACAUGCGAAGUCCAAACGGCACAACCUGGCCAUAGAACUGAUGUAUGGAGGCAUCUACUGCUUCCUGUGCCAGGACUACAUCUAUGACAAGGACAUGGAGACCAUCGCCAAGGAGGAGCAGCGGAAAGCUUGGAAACUGCAAGGUGUGGGAGAGAAGUUUUCAACAUGGGAACCCAGCAAGCGGGAGCUCGAGCUGCUGAAACACAACCCCAAACGGCGGAAGAUCACCUCCAACUGCACCAUAGGGCUGCGAGGGCUGAUCAACCUGGGCAACACGUGCUUCAUGAACUGCAUCGUGCAGGCGCUCACGCACACGCCGCUGCUGCGCGACUUCUUCCUCUCAGACCGGCACCGCUGCGAGAUGCAGAGCCCCAGCUCCUGCCUGGUGUGCGAGAUGUCCUCCCUCUUCCAGGAGUUUUACUCGGGGCACCGCUCCCCCCACAUCCCAUACAAGCUGCUGCACCUGGUGUGGACGCACGCCCGGCACCUGGCAGGGUACGAGCAGCAGGACGCACACGAGUUCCUCAUAGCCGCCCUGGAUGUGCUGCACCGGCACUGCAAAGGUGAUGAUAAUGGGAAGAAGGCCAGCAACCCCAACCACUGCAACUGCAUCAUAGACCAGAUCUUCACCGGGGGACUGCAGUCGGACGUCACCUGCCAGGUCUGCCAUGGAGUCUCGACCACAAUAGACCCCUUCUGGGACAUCAGUUUAGAUCUGCCUGGCUCUUCCUCCCCAUUCUGGCCCCUGAGCCCUGGGAGUGAGGGCAGUGUGGUGAACGGGGAAAGCCAUGCGUCUGGAACCACUACACUGACGGACUGUUUGCGAAGAUUUACCAGACCAGAGCACUUAGGAAGCAGUGCCAAGAUCAAAUGUAGCGGUUGCCAUAGCUAUCAGGAGUCCACUAAACAGCUCACCAUGAAGAAACUGCCAAUUGUCGCCUGUUUUCAUCUCAAACGAUUUGAACACUCAGCCAAACUGCGGCGGAAGAUUACCACAUACGUGUCCUUUCCCCUGGAGCUGGACAUGACCCCGUUCAUGGCGUCCAGCAAAGAGAGCAGGAUGAAUGGACAGUACCAGCAGCCGUCGGACAGUCUCAGUAACGACAACAAGUACUCCUUGUUCGCAGUCGUUAACCACCAGGGGACCCUGGAGAGCGGCCACUACACCAGCUUCAUCCGGCAGCACAAGGACCAGUGGUUCAAGUGUGACGACGCCAUCAUCACCAAGGCCAGCAUCGAGGACGUGCUGGACAGCGAGGGGUACCUGCUGUUCUACCACAAGCAGUUCCUGGAGUACGAAUAGCCUCCCCUCUGCUCAUCAGAGCACAGGCCAUGAAGUGGCGCCUCACAAAAUGACCCCACCCAGCACCACGGCACCCCCAUCCCCACAGCUGCAGCCCGGGCCAGGGCGUGGGUGUGGAUGGACAGCGCAUGGGGGGACCUGGGAGCUGCACAGCAGGACAGCACGACAGGAAGGCGCGCCUGCCUGGGAGGGCGGAGGGGGUGUCACCGCUGUGUCUCCUGCUCCUCCAACAGGGUGUGGGGCCCCCCACGCAGGGAGCAGCCUCGCCUCUGCUCAGUGCUGCUGUGUGUGCCGCCUCAGGAGGCGCCCGCCCACUGGACAGUCAUUCCAGGAGCAUGACCUCGGGGCAUGGAGAAGCCCGCGGCGAGGACUAGGACGGAGGGCCUGGCGGGUCUGAGUUUCCUGUUAAAUGUGUGCAGCGAGGGACUCGGCUUCUGCCCGCAGAGAGCAGCCCCAACUGCCUGGGGCGCCAGGCCGGCCCCUCCGUGCUCCAGGCCAGCCCCUCCCCCUCUCCCCCCAGCUCUUCCCGCACGACGGACUUCAUAACUGCGUGUUCGUGACUGGAUGAAUCGAGCUUAUGCUGAAAUUUAGAGUUUCAUUCUC